AAUUCAGUUUCCCCUACUCAACCGUGACUCUUGUACUGUGAGAGUAAAAUUGCAGAGCAUCACCACCACUACAAUCGGAGUUCCAUUCAUCAUAUUCCUCAACAAAUUUUACUUUCAGUAAAACUCUUUAUUUUUUGAUGGAUUUUCCGGAUAACCGAUUCUCCGGCCUAAUUCCGGCGACGUUUAGUGCCGUUGUUAACUCGUCAUGUCCACUUUUAGGCUUCAUCGGUCGACUUUCUCCGGUUACCGGUGCAGCAUCUGCCGCCGCGAUUAUAAUCGUGACCGUCGCUCUACCGGGGCUCCUUUACUUGAAAAAUAACAAAAAUAAAAUUCCUGAUGAACGGCAUAAUAACCGUGGCGAGUCGACGCACGCUCCGACGUUUGACCCUCUUCUGAAUGAAUUUGUUGAAGGACGUAUAAGUGAGAUAGAUGUCUAUUUUGAUGCUGAAUAUGCAGAAGAGUUACAAAUUCAUGAAGCUUUAGUAGCCUCACUUUACACUGGUCAAAGCAGUAAUCAUGCAUCUGUAUCUGCUCAAGGACUUUUGUCUGAAACAGAGAUGUUGAAUCUUGAAAAAGAAGGUGAAGAUCAACUUAACAACUUCUGUGAGAUUUGCUUGGAUGACAAAGAAGGAUGGGAGAUGUUUAAAAAUGACACUUGUUCUCAUUCCUUCUGUUACGAGUGCACUGGCAAGCAUAUUAUGGCAAGGAUAUCAGAGAAAGCAAAAGUAAUUGGUUGCCCUGCAGUAAGUUGUGGUGCUGCUUUUGAUGUUAAUGCUUGUAGGUUCUUGAUUCCUGAAGAUGCACGGAUCCAGUGGGAUGAAUCGGUAUGUCAGUCAAUGAUUCUCGACUCUCAAAAACUUUACUGCCCUUUCCGUGAUUGCUCAGCCCUGUUGAUAAAUGAUUCUGGGGCAACUAUAGAAAGGAACAGAUGCCCUUUGUGCAAGAGAUCAUUCUGUGCAGUAUGUCGAGUUCCAUGGCAUUCAGAAUUUACAUGCAAAGAAUUCCAGAAACUGAAUGCCAAAAAGGGGGGCAAGGGGGAAGAAAUGGUGAAGAUACUUGCCAAGAAGAAAAACUGGCAGAAAUGUCCUAAUUGUAAAGUAUAUGUUGAGAAGACAGAGGGAUGCAUUCACAUGACUUGCCGGUGUGAACAUGAGUUCUGCUACAGAUGUGGUGCAAAAUGGACUCUUUCUCAUCAUUGCCGUAAAAAAUGAUGUUAUGUUUAAAGCUCCAUAAGAUUUCUCCGGGAAGUGAUAAUAUUGAUUAUACUUCCUCUAGGGUCAGUUUAGCUAAUAGCAAUAUUUAGGUUGUUGAAUCUUUUGGAAGGAAACAGUACAUAACAAUCUGGAUUUUUAUCUUUUGUCCAUGAUAACUGGUAAGUACUAACUAGCAGUGUUGAGUAAUAUAAUAGCUUUUGCUUUAUGUACAAUUUUCUGAAGAAAAAAUCAUGCAUGUAAGACUC